AUGUGCCUCCUGCUGCUCCUCUGGACCCUCAGCUUCCUGCUGAAGGAAGCGCAGCCUUGGGGCAUAAGAAAUGGAAUAUUCCAUAAUUCAAUAUGGCUGGAACAAGCAGCUGGAGUUUACCACCGGGAGUCACGCAAAGGGAGGUACCAGCUGACGUACAAGGAGGCCCGGGCUGUGUGCGAGUACGAGGGGGGGAGGCUGGCCACCUACGAGCAGCUGGAGGCGGCACGUCAAAUAGGCUUCCAUGUGUGCGCCGCAGGCUGGUUUGACAAAGGCCGCGUCGGUUACCCCAUAGUCAAGGCUGGUCCAAACUGCGGCUUCGGGAAGGUCGGCGUCAUCAGUUACGGCUACAGAGUGAAUAAAAAUGAGAGAUGGGACACGUACUGCUACAACCCAAACUCGAAGGAGUGCGGUGGAGUCCUGACUGAGCAGCAGCGGAUCAUUCAGUCUCCGGGUUUUCCUGACGAGUAUCAGGACGAGCAGAUCUGCUACUGGCACAUCCGGGUGCGUCUGGGUCAGAGGAUUCACCUCCACUUCCUGGAGUUCGAUGUGGAGGACGACACGUCGUGUCUCUCAGAUUACCUGGAGGUGUAUGACAGCUACGACGACGUGUCAGGAUUUAGAGGGAGGUUAUGUGGUGACUAUUUACCAGAAGACAUCAUCAGCACCGGAAACGUGAUGACGCUGAAGUUUCUCUCCGACGCAUCGGUCACUGCCGGCGGCUUCCAGCUACAAUACGUUGCUGUGAACUCAACCCUGCUCAGACAGAACUCCAGCCACGACUCACAAUGAUCGUUCAGUCCACUCGUUUGAUGUCUACAAUGAUCGACUCGUUACAGAGCAACUCUACAA